AUGUCCACUUCCAAUGAUUUCUUUAUAUCUCUUUUGAGUGGUGCUGCAGCUGGUACUUCAACUGAUUUAACAUUUUUCCCCAUAGAUACAGUCAAGACAAGAUUACAAGCUAAAGGUGGAUUUUUCCAAAAUGGUGGUUAUAAAGGAAUAUAUAGAGGGUUAGGUUCAGCAGUUAUAGCAUCUGCACCAUCAGCUUCAUUAUUUUUUGUAACAUAUGAUACAAUGAAAUUAAAGUUAAAACCAAUAAUUUCUGGAUUUUUACCAGGAAGAGAAAAUUUAUCAACUACAAUAACUCAUAUGAUUUCUGCUUCUUUGGGUGAAAUUACUGCUUGUUUGGUUAGAGUCCCUGCAGAAGUUAUAAAACAACGUACACAAACUUCAAUAUCAAAUUCUUCAUUAGAUACUUUUAAAAUUUUACUUAAAAAUGAAAAUAAAGAAGGUUUAAUUAAAGGUUUUUAUAGAGGUUGGAGUACUACUAUCUUGAGAGAAAUUCCAUUUACAAUAAUUCAAUUCCCAUUGUAUGAAUGGUUAAAGAAAACAUGGGCACAAAAACAAAAAACUCAAACAGUAAAUCCUAUACAAGGUGCAAUUUGUGGUUCCAUUGCAGGAGGUGUUGCAGCAGCAUUAACUACACCAUUAGAUGUUCUAAAGACAAGAAUAAUGUUGAAUGAAAGUAGAGUUUCUGUGUUUUAUUUAGCAAAAUUAAUUUUUAAAGAAGAAGGUUUUAAAGUUUUUUGGAAAGGUAUUGGACCAAGAACAAUGUGGAUUAGUGCUGGUGGUGCUAUUUUUUUGGGAGUUUAUGAAACUGUUAAUACAUUGUUGACCAGUGUUAAGAAAAAUAAAUGA